AUGGGUGAAACAGAUAUGUUAUCAGCGCAGUUUAUCUCUGCAUAUACGUAUCUUAAUAAACAUUCAAAUAUCAAGCUAUCUGAUGAAAUUAAAUUAAAGCUUUAUGGUACUUAUAAAGCUGCAACGAUUGGCACUUGUAAUGCUCCAAAACCUUCUUUACUAGAUUUUAGAGGUAGAGCAAAGUGGGAUUCCUGGAACGAACUAGGUGAAAUUUCAAAAGAGGAUGCAAAGCAACGUUAUAUCGAUAUUUUGGAACAAGCAAAGGAAACGAAGGCUAUUCCACAAGAUAGAUGGACAUAUGUUUCCACUUUGUCAUAUGAAGAAGAGGCAACGACAAAUGAUAGUGAUGAUGUUUUUUCAUACGCCAAGCAAGGUAAGUCGUCUGAGAUAAGCGGAAUAUUAGAAUCAGGAGAAGCUAAUGUAAAUGCCAAAGAUGACCAGGGAUUAUCACUCUUGCAUUGGGCUUGUGAUCGAGGACAUUUGAAUGUUGUUAAAUUAUUGGUCGAAAAAGGUGCCGAUAUGAACGUUUUGACAACUGGAAAUGAGACUCCUUUACAUUAUGCAUGUAUUUCUGAGCACCUAGAUUGCGCAAGAUAUUUGUAUAAAAAUGGUGCUAACAUUUUACUAAAAGAUGAAGAUGGAUUGACAGCUUUUGAACAUUGUAGUAUAGAGUUUAAACAAUUAAUAAUUCAAGAGUAG